AUUGCAAUAUCAUAUUAUAUAACAUUGAAGUUAUCUCAACACCGAAUUAUGUAUUUAUUGUCAAUUUACGUAAAAGUUUUUAAAAAUUAGAUGAUGUGUAUAAUAAUAAUUCAUAUUGUACUUGGCUUGGCCUAGACAUGGUAUUCCCGCCCCUUAAUAAAAAUUUUCUAGGUCCGCCCCUGAUUCCAUACCUCGUUUCUAAAAUUGAAAGAGACGAAUAUUCUUUGUCCCUCCCCGCGGUUGCGAAAAGGAAAAAGAUUGAUUUUUUUUUCCCGAAAUUGUCCCUCCCUCCAGCUAUUUCCUCUUGUAGCAUGAAGGUUUUGGGGGUAAAAGGAACCAAGGUAAGCUAUCAAAAUAACUCACGUAAUGUACCAAUCCUUAAACCUAGGACCAAAGUUACGAGAAUUUAUCAAAAACCCGACAACUAGACACACAAAGUGCCUCUUUUCAAGCGGAAAAGCACAAAUUCUAUCUGUAUGCAUCGCAUCUCUUGCCUUUCCCCUCACAACUCCUCCCAUCCUUCUUUCACUGAAAAUCAUAUCUCAAACUUUAGACCCAAACUUUUUCCAAUUUUACCAUCGAUAUGAUGAGAAUUUAACCCAACAAUUUAGAACAGUUGGUUGGUUGAUUGUUAAUACAGGCAUACAACUGUAGAGUCGAAGGGUCGACUCUUGUAUGUGUGCUCGUGUUAAAAGGUUUUGGGUUUAGCUUUCAUCGAGUAAGGGUCAACCUGGAAUGAAUUCGAAUUGAGAUGAGAGGAGCCAUGGAUGGUGAAGCUGUGGCAGCCUUUGCCUCGUUAGGGGCCGAUAUCAGAAGCCUGCAGAGAUCACUGGAGGAGAACGAGCUGUCGCUUCAAUGGUGCAAUGAAGCGGUGGCUCUGCUGAAGAAGAUGCAUGCGAUGCUUGUCGUUUUGUUUGAGAACGCGAAACCGCCUUUGUCAUGGAGUGGCAUGAGCAGCAAUCAUUUGGAUGAGUACAUGGAUGAGAGCUUGGACAUCUUGGAGCUCUGCAACAUGCUGAAAUCUGCAGCAUCUGGUAUCGACAGGUAUUGCCUCAUGAUCGGUUUUGCACUUAAGGAUAUGCAGAGUGGUGAGGAUGAUUCCCUUUCCCUGCACGAAAUUCAGAAACCGGAACUGGGUAGCAACAAAGUCAGUGAAAUUGAGAGGUGGAGAAACAUCAACAUGCAUAAUCCUGGAAUAACUAAACUAAAGUUCAAAGAUAGUUCAUUCAGCGUUAUAUACGCGCUCAGAUCAGCCAUGAAUAUCAUCUCUUUGAUCCUUCUCUAUGCAUUUCGCUGUCCUAUUCCUAAGGAACAUGAAAAGCUGCAUUGCCUCAACCCUCAACUGAAACCUUUCAUGGACUCUGUAAAAGAUCUCACCUCGUGUUUCGAGCAAAAACGCCAAAUGCCUGCAGAAAAUCUGAGGGCGGGGUUUCUGGAGUAUGAUUUGAUGGAGAAAGCUGUUGAUGAACUCAGAGCUCAGCUUAAUAAGGAGAUGGCUGCAGAAGAAGAGAACUUACAGGCAAGCAGAAGGUUGGUAGAGCAGAAAUCUAUGGCUCUGAAAGCUGGUUUGAUGGUGUUUCAAUCAGAAAUCAUUCAGCUUUUUGAGGCAGCAGUCAGGGGAAGAAACAAGUUGAUUCAGAUGAUCAUGAAAAAAUAAUGCAGCUUAGAUUGCUUUCAAAUUUGAAUGUCCAUUUUGUUCAAAAGAUACAAAAUCAGACAUGCCAAGGAAAAUAAACCAUACAUUCAGAGAUUCUCUGUAGUCUGUAUGGAUUUCGUUGUGGAAAUUUUCUCGUAAUUUUGUGUGAGUGAUUUUGAUUGCUAUUC